AUUGUAUGAUGUGCGAACAAUAAGUUAUGCGUUACUCUAAUGGGUGUAUUAGGGUUACAACUGGCAACAACGCUAGUGGCUGCAAGUGUUCUGUCGAAAGUCAUUUCUUUCUUCUCGUUUACACGUUUCUUAAUUACGGGUCUCACGCGAUACGCCGUACCAACAGAUCAACAACUUCUAGAAGCUAGUGGGAAUUGUAAAGUAAAGAUCAAAGGAAAAAGAAAGAGAAAUGACUUACUUUCUGGAUCCCCCAAUGGAACAACUUGUCACUCUGAUACUUUCUAUUUUCCCCGCUCCACAACCAUUCAUUUGAAGCAAUCACAUGUAUCUACUUCUGAUAUAGCCAUUUUACCAUUAUAUUCUAGUCACCAAUGGCUAGUCGACUUCACCGUUUGUGCUUCUUGUGUAUAUUUAAUUAACGAAGUAGCCUAUAAUUGUAUCAUCCCAUGGUAUGAGGGUUUUGACCGAAAUCAAACAAAACUGUCACGUGCCAAUACAAAACAAGAUUCUUCUUAUCCCGUAUCUCUCAAUGUACGUAUCAAUUUAAGUCUAGUUUGGAUGACUUUAAGCCUUUGGUUCACCAUUCGCACUCUCGUUUCCUUAACAGCAAUAUACUUUCAAUCUAAAAAUAAUGCCACAAAAAUCGAAUCUCGAUCUUCUAAAUUCACUACAAAUACAGCACUUACAAACAUACCUUCAAGUGAAUGCAUACUCAUCCUUGCAGCUGGCUUUUUCUUCCUCGUUGCUGCAACUUUAAUUCUUUCCCUUGAUGGAACGUUGGUUGACUUUGGUCUUCAAGCUGCUUACGGGAAUUUGACUUUUGGAGAAUUCUCAUCUUCUAAAUCUCCAAUUAUUAGUUGGGGUGCAUUUAAUUUUAUUCUAGCUGUUAUAGCCUGUAUAAUUGGUUCACUGUUUGUUUAUCCAGGAAUAAAAUUUGGGAAGAUAUACUUAGACACAGUUAAACAAUGUCCAAUGUCAGUAAUCAAACGUAUCAUAGUACAUCUGAAUUUCAUUUGUCCAAUAGUUCCUAUUUUACUUUGGCUUAUUCCAAUCACUGAUCAUAUUUCUAAUUCAUUGAUUACGCUCACGCAUAGUAAUUCAUUGACUGGAAAACCUUUUCUCAUCAUAAUUAUCAACUUUAUGUCUAAUCUAUUCAUGAAACAUUUGGAUAGUAUUCGACUAAUUGUAUCUUUGGCAGUUGUACUCUUUCGUCUUUCCACUGUUCGUUGGACAUUACAAGCUUAUUUAAAUUCUGCCCAAGAUAAACUGGAUAAAUUUACCCAUGAAGCAGGACAAACUUCAAAUAAAGAAGUACAACGAUUAGUUGCAAGUAUAUUUUAUUGUUUAAACCUAGUCGCUUUACAGUAUAUUUCACCUUGUUUUCUUUUCUUAUGUCUUUUAUGCUUAUAUAAAAAUUUAUCAGGUCUAUCAUGGUUACCUUAUGAUUAUCAUCAACAACAAUAUCUAUAUUCUUCUGAUACAUUAAAUGUUUUACCAUCUUUUGUAUCGAAUAUUCAAAAUAAUUUUACUAAUUAUUUUUUAAUUGAUUUCAUGAAUCAAAAUAAUUUUACUUCAUGGUCAACUGUAUUUAUGCAAGCUAGAUAUAUCUUUAGUCAAAUUAUGGAUCAUUUCUUAUUUCAUGGAAUGAUUAUUUCACGUGGUAUAUUUGGAUUUUUAGUAUGGUGGACGAUAACUAGUUGGCAGUUGAUGUGCUUUUUAGGUUUAGCUUAUCAUCGAUUUGCAAAUGAAUAAGAACUACAGUGAAAUUAGACUUAUUCUCUGUCAAAUUAAGUGAAAUAUCUUUUAUUUUUCUUUUGUAAUUUAGACCAAUUUAUCAACUUUACUUCUUAUACUGUAAUUUAAUUUUAGUAUUAUUAUUCUUACAUUUAAUGAUAGUGAUGAUGGUAUUUGUACCUUUUUAGCAUUUGUUUCCAAUAAAACCAACAAACAUACCCCUCC